AUGAUGUCCACAUCGAAUGACGACGACCCCUUUCUCCAGGUACAGGCGGAUGUCUUGUCUGCCCUCAAUACCACACGGCCCUUGUUUGCCUCAUACCUCCGCAUACGCUCUUCUGCAUCCUCGGCACGCUCCCCGGAACUCGUAGAAGCUCGGCAUGAGCUUGAACAAACGUUGCAAGACCUCAACACCGACCUCCACGAUUUGAUCGAGAGCGUCCAGGCCGUCGAGCAUGACCCAUACCGAUUUGGCCUCGAGAUCGAUGAAGUGGAACGACGGAGGCGCUUGGUCAAGGAGGUCGGGGACGAGGUGGAGAACAUGCGGGAGGAACUGCUCAAAACGGUCCACGAUGCUCAGAGCAAGGGCAAAGUCGCUGUGAACGGGGACGUGCUACCCGACCCGGACUCUUUCGGCGACCCAGAUGAAUAUGCGGCAUUCGAACAAGAGCAACAAAUGCAGAUGAUGCAUGAGCAGGAUGAGGCUCUCGACGGUGUCUUCCGCACAGUCGGGAACCUUCGUCAACAAGCUGAUGAUAUGGGUCGAGAGCUAGAAGAACAAGGCGAGCUGCUCAACGACGUUGACAAUGUUGCCGAUCGUGUGGGAGGCAAGCUGCAGACCGGCCUGAAGAAGGUCGGCUGGGUGAUCAGGAAGAACGAAGACAAGAUGUCCAGCUGUUGUAUAGGCGUGCUGAUAUUUGUGUUGAUACUACUACUUGUUCUCCUCCUUGUUCUUUGA